AAAUUAGAAUAUCAAAUAUUAUGGGACAUCUCAUAACUGUUGCAACCUGUUCUCUUAAUCAAUGGGCUUUAGAUUUUGAGGGCAACUUGGAGCGUAUUUUAGAGAGUAUUCGUAUUGCUAAAGAACAAGGUGCUACACUUCGCGUUGGACCGGAACUUGAAAUAACCGGUUAUGGAUGUUUGGAUCAUUUUUUAGAAGGAGAUACUUAUUUGCAUUCAUGGGAAAUGAUGGGCAAAAUAUUGCAAUUCGAUGAAGCGAAAAAUAUAUUACUUGAUAUUGGAAUGCCCGUCGUUCAUAAAAAUGUCAAAUAUAAUUGUCGCGUCAUCAUUCUUAAUGGCAAGAUUUUAUUAAUCCGUCCAAAGUUGUUUCUUGCCAACGACGGCAAUUAUCGCGAGCUAAGAUAUUUUUCUGCUUGGUCACCGGCAAGAUACGUUGAAGAAUACCGACUCCCACGUAUCAUAAGGGAAAUUACGGGCCAAUCUAUAGUUCCUAUUGGUGACGCGGUGAUUUCUACAAUUGACACGUGUGUUGGUAUAGAAUUAUGCGAAGAAUUAUUUACGCCAAAUAGUCCAAAUAUAAGCAUGGGAUUGGAUGGCGUUGAAAUCAUUACUAACAGUAGCGGUAGUCAUCAUGAACUUCGAAAACUUUAUCGACGCGUAGAUUUAAUUAAAGAAGCAACUUUGAAGAACGGUGGAGUCUAUCUCUACGCUAAUCAACAAGGGUGUGAUGGCGAUAGAUUAUAUUAUGAUGGCUGUACCUUAAUUGCAGUCAAUGGUCAAAUCGUUGCUCAAGGUUCCCAAUUUUCUUUAAAGGAUGUGGAGGUGAUUACGGCAACUAUUGACAUAGAAGAUGUACGCUCACAUCGUAGUAUAAGCAGCAGAGGAAUGCAAGCCACAAAUACUCCUCGGUAUCAGCGCAUUGAAGCUCCUAUAGCUUUGUCACAAUCGGUGUUAAAUAAUAAUAUACGCAUUCAUUUAACUAAACCUAUCGAAGAAUUUUAUCAUACACCCGAACAAGAAAUUGCAUUGGGUCCAGCAUGUUGGCUUUGGGAUUAUCUUCGUAGAUCAAAAAUGAAUGGAUAUUUAUUGCCUCUUAGUGGGGGGAUUGAUAGUUGCGCUACGGCAAUUAUAGUAUACUCAAUGUGUCGUCUUGUUGUAGAAGCCGCAAAAAAUGGAGAUACUAGAGUUAUUAUUGAUGCGAGAAGAAUUGCAGGAGUGAGCAAGGAUUCAGAUUACAUUCCUAAAGAUCCACGAGAAUUCGCAAAUCGGUUAUUUCACACUUGCUAUAUGGGGACUGAGAAUUCAAGUAAAGAGACGCGAGAACGUGCUAAGAAUUUAGCAAGUGCUAUAGGAAGUUAUCACAUUGAUUUGAAUAUGAAUGAUAUAGUAACUUCAAUUCAAACAUUAUUCAAUUUGGUCACAAACAAGACACCUCGAUUUCGAGUCCAUGGUGGUUCAAAUAUUGAGAAUCUUGCACUUCAAAAUAUUCAGGCAAGAUUAAGGAUGAUACUUGCGUAUCUUUUUGCGCAACUUAUGCCAUGGGUUAGAAAUCAAAAUGGUUCGCUGCUUGUUCUUGGCAGCGCAAAUGUAGAUGAAUGUCUUCGAGGUUAUCUAACCAAAUAUGAUUGUUCGAGUGCUGAUAUUAAUCCCAUUGGAGGUAUUAGCAAAAAAGACUUACGUAAAUUUAUUGCUUAUGCAAGAGAUGAAUUUAACAUUCCACUUCUAAAUGAAUUCCUUAACGCAAUUCCAACAGCCGAACUUGAGCCCAUAACUCAUGAUUAUGUUCAAGCUGACGAGGUUGAUAUGGAAAUGACAUAUGAUGAAUUAUCAAUAUUUGGGAAAUUAAGAAAAAUAGAAAAAUGUGGCCCAUUUUCAAUGUUCUCAAAACUUAUACAUGAAUGGGGAUCAGAAUUAAGACCAAUUCAGAUUGCAGAGAAAGUCAAAAGAUUCUUUUUUUAUCAUUCAAUAAAUCGGCAUAAAAUGACUACGCUGACACCAUCAUAUCAUGCUGAAGCUUAUAGUCCUGAUGAUAAUAGAUUUGACUUAAGACCAUUUUUGUAUAAUACUGCUUGGAAUUGGCAAUUUAAAAAAAUUGAUUCUUUUGCUAAUGAAUUAGAGAAAGUAAAUAAAUAAAUUAAAUAUGAAAAGUUAUUCUGAACCUUUAUUUACAGUUACAUACAUAUGUGUUUUUGACAACAUUUGUGAAUUUAAAAUUUUCACUUAGUAAAUCUAAAAUUAUCCGUCAAUAAUAGUCAAAUUCUGUUAAACUGGGCAAUCAAAUUAGUUCUAAUUCUUUUAUUUGAAUAUCCGGCUUUAAUCCUUAUAUAUUAGGAAUUUUUCUAUCAUCUAUAAUAUUUUAAUAAAUUUAUGUUAAAUUAUUAUACUUCAAAUUAAUAUUAAAAAAAAAUAUCAAUUAAGG